AUGGAAGUACAUUGCGAAUCUCUUAAUAGAAUUACUAUUUUUGAUUUCGUGUUGAAACAGAAGACAAAGCUUAUCCGCAGAACAAUCAGUAUUCUUUUGAGCAGAUAUUCCCAGUUUCAUAUAUUUCACCUCACUCACUAUCAGCUUUCUAUCUAUCUGGUCAGUUCUAAAUCUGUUUGUUGGGCUUAUAUUUAUCUACUCUUUUUAUUAUCUAUCUAUCUAUCUAUCUAUCUAUCUAUCUAUCUAUCUAUCUUGUGCCCUUCAUAUCUAUCUAUCUAUCGAUCUAUCUAUCUAUCUAUCUAUCUCAGUAUACUAACACCAAAAAAACCUUCACAUUAUCUAUCUAUCUAUCUCAGUAUAUUAACACCAAAAAAACCUUCACAUUAUCUAUCUAUCUAUCUAUCUAUCUAUCUAUCUAUCUAUCUAUCUAUCUCAUCCCCCUCUACAAAGAAAUCCACUCCCUCCGCAUCCUCCAUCACACCACUUUCUCCCCGUCCCUCAACCUCUCUCUGUAGAGUGAACCCUCCAAUUGCUUCCCCUUCCUCUUCUGCCCAGUUCCAAAUUCCUCUCAGUAGAGCCCCCAGCCCAUUUAGACAACACUUUGCGCCCCGCAAUACCCCCAGUCCUUCCCCUACUAAAUCGCCUGUAAUGCCUCCUCCGUCUAAAAGACUCAGAAGCCCUAGCCAAGAUUCUACAGAAUAA